AUGCCUCCCAUGAGUAUCCCUACGCUACGCAGCGCAAUUGAACAUUUGCCUAGCGUCGAUACCCGCCGAUUGAGAACUCAGAAAUACAUGGCAUAUGCUGUUCUGAUUCCUUUGAAUCUGACCCUGAUACACUUAUUUUCAAACUAUAUCCGGAAUUUCUGGUGGCUUUACCCACUGAUCGCGCUGCGACCCGUGGUCGACUUCGUUGAGAUGACCUCCAUCCUCGUCUUUGGCCUCGUCAGGUACCUCCGACCGACGCCUCCCAAGGUUCCCGAAACACCAGAAAGCUUUGCAUACCUCCUAUGUUGCUACAAUGAGACAUAUGAAGAGUUGAUGGUCUCAUUGGAGUCCUUGGCUGCACAAAAGUCGGUGGAAGACCACAAAAAGGUCAUCCUCGUAGUCUGUGAUGGCCGCGUUAGCACCAAAGGCAUGACCAAGACGACUGCUGCCCAUCUAAUUGAAGACAUUAUCGAGCGCCCCACCAGCAUUCGUAUGUCUGACGCCUACACAUCAUGGGACGGCGCCUCUAUGAAAAUAGAGCUUGUCAAGGGGGAAUUCAGAGGCGUACCAAUCGUCUGCCUGGUCAAGAACGAAAACCGCGGCAAACGAGACGGAGUCACCCUCAUGCGAUCUUUCCUCUACAAGUUCAACCAACGUAAAUCGAAUCCCGAAUUGGCAAUGUUCGGCCCAAACCUGUUUGCUGAACUCUGUGGUUUCCUUGAAAGCUUAUCGAUCCAGAAUGUCGACUAUGUCGUUGGCAUCGACACUGAUACUCGGUUCGACGACAAAUGCGUCUCCAACCUGAUUCAAACUGUGAGAGAAGGCGAUAGGAUCAUUGGCGUGUCUGGCUUCAUUCGACCCGACCCCACCGAUGUGUCAUCGUUUUCACCCGCCUAUAUUUACCAGAAUGCCGAGUACAUGGUCGGUCAGUACCGCCGUCGCCUACGCCAAAGUCUCACAAGCGAAAGGGUGACUUGUCUGCCGGGAUGCUGCCAGCUGCUACGAGUUGAAGACUCUACAUGUGGCGACGACAUCACGAAGAAAUUCGGAUACUAUCCCAAGGAAAAAGACGGCCUGUUCCGAACCAUCCAAUCCAUGAUGAGCGAGGAUCGAGACCACAUAUGUCUAGUACUAUCAGAGAACCCAGAUGUCAAAACCCGCCUAUGUUUGAGUGCAAAAGCCUACACUGUAGCCCCGACCAAAUUCUCUGUCUUCCUAAGCCAACGCCGCCGAUGGACCCUCGGCCCCCUCACAAGCGACAGUCUUCUCUUCUGCCGCAAGUACACCGGCUGGACCGAAAGACUCGCUGCUUUUGGCUCCGUCCUAACCUGGAUCAUUGGUCCCUCCCUCUUCUUCGCCCGCUACCAAUCCCAACUCGACGCCCGCACCAUCCUCGUCCUCAUCUUCAUCGAAACCUACCGCAAGUUCUGGGACACACUCACGAUCUUCAUGUGCGCGCAGUCGCUCAAGGACGCAGUGCAAUUGGCAGUAGGGGUACUGCUUUACUACCGGGUUGGCCCAAUCAUUGGCCAAAUGACGCAAAUGUACACACUGUUCAAGAUGGACGAUUUCAGGUGGGGCAAGACGCGGAUUGCAGUUGCGCAUAAAUAA